AUGAUCAGGAGGGAAACCUCUAAAGUGAGACGACGAUUUGGGUUGAACUUUUUAAGCGAACUUACGGAAUCAGCUUGGACUUUUUCUCGAAACGGACUAGUGGAAUCGGCUUGGACUUUUUCUCGAAAUGGACUAGUGAUAAGUUUUUUAUGGGUGGGAAUCGGCUUGGACUUUUCUCGAAACGGACUCAUGGAAUCAGUUUGGACUUUCUCUCGAAACGGACUCAUGGAAUCGGCUUGGACUUUCUUUCGUGAUAAGCUUUUAUGGAAAUCAGCUUGGACUUUUUCUUGUGAUAAGCUUUUAUGGAAAUCAGCUUGGGCUUUCUCUCGAAACAGACUUGCGUUUAACAUUGAAGAAAUGAUUUGCAAAAUUACUAAUUAUAAGGUUUUCGGAGAAUUGCCUUUACAAAGAACUUCUGU